AUGGAAACCGAAUACGGGUUUCUCUUUGCUCCCGAGGACCGCUUAGCUGCCCUCCAGCUACUCUGCGGGCAAAUUGUCUGGGGCGAGGAUUGGCUAUUGUUGGCAGGCCUCCCAUGGCGUAUCCUUGAGAAGCUUGAUCCAAAAUCCAGGUACAAGACGAAGCAGACUUGGGCCACUCAUCUCUUGCCUGCUUCCAUCCUCCUGGGGAAGCCGGAGAUAUACGGUCCUCUUUUACCCUUUUUGGACGCAGAAAAGGGAAUCAAGAGUGGCGGUCACGAUGACGAUAUCAAACAAGUCUUAUCGACGAAGAGCUGCGAAUUCGGUACUCCUGUCUACGCGGCUAUUGUGGGCAAUCAGAAAAGGCUGCUGAGGCGACUUAUUGCGCACGACACGCCUUUCCUGUGGGCCGCCGCCCACUACGCGCUCCUGGGUGCUGUCCGAGUAGAGGAGACCUCGAUGCUGGAAUACCUUCUUUCACAAGGCCCACCCCGAAGACGGACCGACCUCACCAUCCACAAAGCAAUUAUCAAAGCUGCCAUUCUAAACCGACCCGUCCAUGCUCGUAUGUUGAUCGACCACCUAACGAAGAAAAGACACUCGAGAUCCAGGUUGAAAUGGGCUAUGCAGUGGGGCCUUCACCACGCAUGUGUCCAUGGCAACCGCGAGCUCGCGGCGCUCUGUAUUAGCCAUAGCGCCAACCCUGCUCAGACGACUUGGCUCCAUCCCGACACUACACCCGAGUACUUGGCAGAGCUAGAACACAGCGAGCCCGGCUGCGAACUUGUCCCUGCGCCAAUCUGCAUUGCCGCCUGGGCGGGCGACAUGGAGCUGCUACAAUGGCUUACGACCUACGACGUGCCUCUCGGCCCCGCUAUCGAUGCUAGAAGAGCCUGGCUCUACGAUCUUCAUGACGCGGCCCGGGUUGGCGCCCACCGAGUCUUCCGCUACCUUGUGUUCGAGGCCAAGGUCCUCGACCUGGCCGCUGAGUACGAGGCCCCGGAUGGGUACAUUCUGGACAUGAUGAUCGUCGCUUGCAAAUACGGACACAUCGAAAUCUUUGACGCCAUGGUUGAGGCCGGUAUUCCGGUUGAUCCUCCCGUGCAGCGCCCCGAGUCAGAUUGA